AUGUCGCUGCGGGACCUGGGCCUGCAGUGGGCCGAGCGCCAGAAGGCUCAAGGGCCCAAGGAGCGGCCCUGCUACAGUUGUGGGUCUGUGGAGCACCUGGCCCGCGACUGCCCGGAGAGCCUUUGCCACUUCUGCGGCCGUGCGGGACAUCUUGCCCGCGCAUGCAGCUUUGGGCAAAGCUUGAGCAACAGUGACCAGUUUAUCCUUUGCAGCCGGGACUGCGUGCCGCGGCGCUUCCUGAUGCCACUGCACCAAGCGAGAACGAGCUUCGCAGAGGUCACGGAGGGCCGAGUGGAUGUCGGCUGCCGCUCUGUCACUGCGGCGCUCUUUCGCUCCGAGUCCUACCGCAGGAACAGCGAGAUUCGCCUGACCUUUUGUGCGGGCGAUGCGAAUCUCCCGUGGAAUGAGCAGGUUGAUGCUCAUCGUGGCGUCACCGUGGUGGUCACAGGCGGCCUGAUGCGGGGGCUGCGGCCGGACGAGCAGUCUGUGGCAAAUCGGCUGCGGACUGUGCUGGAAGGGAAGGAGAAGGAUGUGAAGCGGGGCAAUCUGGGCCUGCGGCAGGUUCCUGGUGGCUUGCGUGGCUCGCUGCAGGAGUGCCUUGCUGAAGGCGGACCGGCGGUGCUGCUGCUUUUGGACCCAGCGGGCUUGGACAUCGAGGAGGCGGCCAAGCGCCUCAGGAGGCAGAACUUCAAUCAGUUGCUGGUGCUUCUCGGUGACGACCGUGGCUUGGUGAAGGAGGAAAUGGAGCUGGAGGGUAUGGACCAGUUGGAGGCCGCCAACGUGACAGUUUGGGGCAGAGGCCAGCUGACCUGUGGACCCAUUGACCCAGUGCAGCCAAGAUCCCGCAAGGAUCUGCUAGUGGUGCUGGCGACGGAGCGUGCGGAGUUGGAGCGGCUGCUGCUGGGGCACCGCCUGCAGGUGGAGGCCUCGCUGCGGCGCCUGGCCGCGGCGGAGCGCGCCGUGGACUGCGCGCCGACGGCCAACACAGGCUCACCGGCCUCUGGCUCCGAGCUCUACUCCUUGCUGCUUAGCACACCGCCGACUCUUCAGCCUCCAGAGCUGGAGAGUGCAGAUCCCAUCCCGGAGAAUCCAUUCAAAGCGGAGAAGAUCGAGACUUGCGCUGUAUGGGCCCCCGCGCCCGAUCUGCAGUGGGGGCGCAAUGGAAGCAUGGCGAGCGACGCUAGUGCUGUCAGUGGUGCCAGCGGAACGAGCAGCGCCGACGCAGGUGACAGGCUUGGGCACCAAAUGCCUGCCUCGCAAGUCUCACCGGGGAGCACCUCUGCGGACCGCAAGUCCGGGGACAAGGGCCAGGGUCAGACGAGGGCCGCCACACCGCAGAUGGCGGACAUCUUCAUGUCAGAAGAGCAGCCGCAGGGCUGGGAGCGCAUCACCAAAGCCGUCAGGUCAUCUAUUGACUACCUGGCCGCGGUGCUCGUUCUUUUGAAUUCCAUUGUGCUGCUGAUGGAGCUGGAGUUCAAGGGGAACGCCAUUGGUGCUCGCAUGGGUCUCAGCGAGGGUCCUACCAUGGAGGAGGUGGAGCCCGUGUUCCAGAAUUUGGAUAGAUUUUUUGUCUUCGUCUUUUUGGCAGAGCUGCUGGUGCGGAUGGCAGUGGAGCAGGGAAACUUCCGCAGAGAGUGGACCAAUUGGCUGGACACUGCUCUGGUCAUUCUUGGCCUUGUGGACUUCUACUUCAGCUUGCAGGUCACAGACGGAGACGUCGUGCCAAAGGACAUUGUUUUGCUGCGGCUGAUGCGAGCCUUGAAGUCACUGCGAGCCAUACGGAUGAUGCGCAGCUUUCGCCUGUUCCGCGGUUUGCGCCUUUUGGUCAAAGCUUGCCAGUGUUUUUUGCCGUCGCUAUGCUGGGCUAUGGUACUACUCGGCGUCUUCAUGACUAUGGGGGCGCUGAUCAUGGGCAAUUUGUUGCAAAGUUUUAUCACUGAUGAGACGGCGCUGCUGGAAGACAGGGAGUGGAUUUGGAACAGAUAUGGCACGGCCUACAGAGCAACCUACACGCUGUACGAGAUCACUUUUGCCGGAAAUUGGCCUACCAAUGCCCGGCCUGUCAUGGAGCGUGUCAGCCACGCAUUUGUGAUCUUCUUUGUGCUCUACGUCACGGUCAUUGCCUUCGCGGUCAUUCGUGUAAUUAGCGCGGUUUUUCUCAAAGACACAUUAGAUGCUGCUCAGAAUGAUGCUGAACACUUGGUGGUUGAUCGCCUGCGCAAGAAGGCGGAGUAUGUGGAGAAGUUGGAAACAAUAUUCCGAGCCAUCGACGACUCUGGCGACGGCACCAUUACCGAGGAGCGCUUUGAGCGUUUGGAAGCCGCCCUUCAACACCUUUUGGACUGUCAGUUGGAUGAGCGCCUCACAGCCUUGGAGCACCCAAACAGCCCCAAGAGUAUGCGAGCACCAUCCUUGUCGGAGUUCGCAGGCGUCAAGGUGGAUGUGGAUGGAGAGGGCCAGAACGUCGAGCACUUCAAUUCAAUCGGGGAGACGAUGAUCAAGACAAAAAGCUCAGGGAGGGUCUAUUACGUGGAUGCAGAUGAAUUUGGAGCAAAUCGAGACAAAGCCUUGCAGCUCCCAAUUACGCACGUGAAGUCCAGCGAAUGCCCCAGGUCCAGCAAUGUGAGUGAGGCAAAGUCGGCCAGCGAGAAAGGAAAUGUGAGCAUCAAGACCUCGCGACGCAAAAGCCUGGAGCUGAAGGACCACAUCAGCACCCCGAAGAGCUACAAGACUCUCACCAAGCACGGGUCCAAAGUCAGCGAGAAGACCUUGAAUGCACACAGUAAGGAGUACUACUCCUUUGGGGAGUCAACAUGGGAUUUGGUCAUCUUCAUUGGUACUGGUGCUCUUGGCCCCGCUGGAUCCCUUCAAACGUUCCUUCUUGCGGUGGUGAAUGUGUGCAUGCAAGGCAUUUUUGUGGGAAUCGCCAUGUAUAACUUCCUUGCUCCAGAAGUGACAGACAAGACCAUCAUUGAUGCCUUUCGCUGGCGCAGAUCUUCGGCACAUGCACUGAGCCAAUAUGACGAGAUCUCCGGGGAAUCUUUGGCACAGAGAGUGUGUGACGGGGAUCAGUCGCUUCACGUCUCUGGCAUCCAAGUGUCCCUCUACCAAAACAUCAGGAAGUACCUGAAGCCUGAGGCACAAGGAAUUGAGCUGUGCUUCACCGGGCAGGCCUUAUGCCUUGUGUCAUUGAUUUGCUGGUAUCUCAUGGUGGCCAAGGAACUGAGUCAUGCACUUGCUUUGCACAGGAGCGUUGCCUCUGUGAAGCGAGGACAAUUUCGCAUGGAGCCCAGAGAGAACCCUUUCACACAGGUUGUGUACUACAGGCUGGUGGCACUUCCCAGAGCACGAGUCAUUUUCAGUGCGGCGCUCUUGUUAUACCGCUUCAUUGCAGCGUUACUUCUCAUCUACGUGGGUACCUUCUUUCUGGUGUACACAGUGAAUGUCACGGAACUCAUUCUGAACGCUGUCGCCCUGGGCAUCAUCCUGGACAUUGACGACCUCUUGUUUGAUGCUUUGGCCACCACACCAGGAAGGCACUUGCUACAUCACCUGGACCCUUUGCCAAUGCGAUCUUUUCCGCGCUUCCGGGGCGCCGAUGUGAAGUCCUUAUCUAUGAGCUUCAUCAUUCCCACUCUAGUGCUUGUGGUCUACUUCAGCAUGCUCUCUCCAAUGGUUGCCAAUUUGAACUUGGUUAAGGACACCCUAUGUGGUGGCAACUUGGAGUUUGUGUGGAGCCUUGACAAGCGCGGAGUCACAGUCCUAGCGCCAACUGUUGGUGGAGGAUGGGAAGAAUAUGACAACAGUAUGCAAACCAAAGCCAUCAGUGAAGCGCAAGGACAAGUUGGCAUAACAAAUGCUACCAAGUACGGCUUAUGGGUUCAGGGCGUAGGCUUUCUGAGCGCAAGUACCUCAUUGACCUUGGACGAGCUUGUGGAUGAGCACAAUUCUGAUUGCGGAGACUUGGGUAAUGAGGAGCCUAUGUUGAAUUACCUGCGGGACACCUUGAACAACCAGAGCAUCAUGGGCUGUGCUGAUGUGGUCCAGUUCUGCAACUCCAUCUCCAAGAUGCCUGAUUGGGGGUUGGAUGGGGGUGCUGGCUUUGUCACUCGCAUGCUUUGCUCAGACACCUGUGGUUGCACCGAUCCUGGUGGAGAGUUUGCGCUUGUCCAGGGCUGUCCAUAUGGGCCUGGUCGAGCCUGCUCGCAGAGCCCAAAGUAUGCGCUCAACGCCCGCCAGGGGCUAUGUGCUGAGAGAUCCGUGCAGCAGCUUCGUAGCUAUGUGCCGUGGCAGAAAUGGCUGCAAAGCAUUGUGAACUUUGCUCAGGCCGGAGGAGACAUGAAGGGGCAAAAGGAAGCUUUGGUUCUUGCAGAUGCGAUGUGGAACUAUGGAUGCGGCUUCGCACCAGUCGUGGAAGCGCAGAACAUCACCUGGGGCAACUGUUUUGAAUGGAACACUGCCUUUGAUUGGGAGUUGAAGACAGUGUCUUUCUUCUGCCCUCAGACCUGCGUUUGCAAGGAUCAGCCUGGAUGCCCCAGACCCCAGGGCAAGACCUGUGACGAGGUGCAAUUUUGUUUGCAGUACGAGAGUCGCUACUACUGCGAAUCGGAUGGUUACGUGCCGGUGUAUGGCGAGAUGACCAUCCACAUCGGGAACACAUUCCUGUCUGUGAAGUAUCAGCCGCAGUUUGUCAUGGCUUCGCAGAGUGCAUUGGCAUGGCUUGCAGGAACGCCUCCGGCUUUUGUGCGCUUCCCCAUAUUCCCCCAUUUCCAUCCUGGCGAUGGCCGCCGCCUCUACAACCUUCUGAUGAGAUUCAAGGUCUUUGCGCUCGGUGGCAUGAACAAGACCCUCAUCAACGAAAAGCUCUCCGCUGUCACUGCCGAACAAUACUCUGGGGUGCUGUUGUACAUACUCAACAACAUGUCCGUGCCUAUUGAUGAAAUAGGCAUCUCAGCCGUUGCCUUUUCCGUUGACUCCUAGAUGCCGCUUGAGAAACAUGCCAUUGCUGCUGCUGCUGUUGCUGAUGCAUAUUUUGAGAAGAUACGAUGUUCAGGAUUGUAUCCUGUGCAUUGCCAUCCUGGUGAUGGCCGCCGCUUCUUCUAUCUUCAGAUGCGUUUCAAGGUCUUUGCCGUCUUUGAUGGCAUGAACAAGACCCUUUUCAACCAACACCUCUCUACCGUUACUCCCGAAAGAUACUUUGAUGUGCAAAGUAUAUUCUUGACAACCUGCCCCUGCGAAUUGACGCCAUAGGCGUCUCAGCAGUUGCCUUUUCAGGUCAGUCAUAAGCAACGGGCCGGAUCCAGAUCAACAAGAAGAUCUGAUGACGAGUUGCUGAUUGCAGAGCC